AUUCGCGGCCGCCGACCUCCGGAGCAUGAGAAAAAUAGAAAAUCCCUUCAAACCCUAAGCCCCUCUCUGCUCACCUCUGCACUCCGAAUCUGCUCCCAAGUCUGCUAGGGUUUAACGCCCGCGUCCUCCUCACGCAUUCGGUCUGGUCGCUGAUCUUCGCUUGUUCGAUUCCGCUCGGCUCUAGGACCCAGGCUCUCGAGGCGGCUGGAGUGGCGGCGCGACGAGAGGGUGAAGCGGAUGCAGACGGAGGCGAGGGUGGGGAUGGCCGCCGCCACGAUGGACGGCACCGGCGCCGCGGCGUCCGCCGCCCGGAGGUACACGACGCAGCAGCAGCAGCAGCAGCAGCUGCAGCACCACCAGCCGCAGCUCGGGACCGUGCCCCAUCUCCUCGCCGGCGGCGUCGCUGGCGCAGUCAGCAAGACCUGCACCGCCCCGCUCGCACGCCUCACCAUCCUCUUUCAGGUACAAGGAAUGCACUCAGAUGUGGCUACAAUGCGCAAUACUAGCAUAUGGCGUGAAGCAUCCCGCAUUGUCUAUGAAGAAGGUUUUCGAGCUUUCUGGAAAGGGAACCUUGUUACCAUUGCUCACCGGUUGCCUUACUCUUCAAUUAGUUUCUAUGCCUAUGAGAGAUACAAGAAUUUGCUUCAGAUGCUACCGGGUCUUGAGAAGAAUGGUGGAUUUGGUGCAGAUGUUGGUGUUAGAUUGCUAGGUGGUGGUUUAUCAGGAAUCACUGCAGCUUCUGCGACGUAUCCACUGGACUUGGUGCGGACACGUCUUGCUGCCCAGACAAAUACUGCCUACUACAGGGGCAUAUCUCAUGCUCUUUAUGCGAUCUGCAGAGAUGAGGGUGUCCGUGGAUUGUACAAGGGUCUUGGUGCCACUUUACUGGGAGUGGGCCCCAGCAUUGCAGUAAGCUUCUCUGUGUAUGAAACUUUACGUUCCCAUUGGCAAAUAGAGAGGCCAUGUGAUUCCCCUGUUCUGAUCAGUUUGGCUUGUGGAAGUCUUUCAGGAAUUGCAUCGUCUACUUUUACAUUCCCAUUGGAUCUUGUGAGACGUCGCAUGCAAUUGGAAGGAGCAGCCGGGAGGGCUCGCGUCUACCAGACAGGACUUUUUGGAACCUUCGGACAUAUUGUCCGUACGGAGGGUUUUAGAGGCAUGUAUAGAGGAAUCUUGCCUGAGUACUGCAAAGUGGUUCCUGGUGUCGGCAUCGUAUUUAUGACAUAUGAGAUGCUUAAGGCCAUCCUCACAGGACUGGAAUCUGAUGAUUAGAUAUCUGCGAGGUCAUGCUACGCAAUUUUGAUACAUGGUGUCAGAACAACAUUUGAGGCUGAUUAGACUGGGAGAAAUAUGAGCAUGUAGCAUACGUUAGGGUUUAGGAUGUGCUAAGGUUUGCAGUUUGUGUUAUAUGGUUACAGAUGUUUAUGUAGUGCACCGUGAACGAUGCCACAGGUCUUCCAAAAUGAAUAUUUUUUUGGCAUCACCAUCAUUUUGUGUAUCUUCAAUAACAUUGUAAUGGUACAUGAAGCUGUUGUCUUU